AUGUUCGAAGACAACCCUUCUUCGAACAUUGUGACUGGUAUCAGUGCUCACUUUUCGAAGACCGUCCUUCUUCGACCCUUUUUUCUCUGGGGCCAGUCCACAAUGUACGUAGACCAUCCUUCUUCGUCCAUUGAGGACGAGCGAGAGUCCACAACGUCCGAAGCCGAUCCUUCUCUGAACAUUGUUCACUGGCGCCAGUCGACAAUGUUCGAAGACAACCCUUCUUCGAACAUUGUGACUGGUAUCAGUGCUCACUUUUCGAAGACCGUCCUUCUUCGACCCUUUUUCUCUGGGGCCAGACGAGCGAAAUCCACAACGUCCAGCCGAUCCUUCUCUGAACAUUGUUCACUGGCGCCAUCGACAAUGUUCGAAGACAACCCUUCUUCGAACAUUGUGACUGGUAUCAGUGCUCACUUUUCGAAGACCGUCCUUCUUCGACCCUUUUUUCUCUGGGGCCAGUCCGCAAUGUACGUAGACCAUCCUUCUUCGUCCAUUGAGGACGAGCGAGAGUCCACAACGUCCGAAGCCGAUCCUUCUCUGAACAUUUGCUCACUUUUCGAAGACCGUCCUUCUUCGACCCUUUUUCUCUGGGGCCAGUCCACAAUGUACGUAGACCAUCCUUCUUCGUCCAUUGAGGACGAGCGAGAAUCCACAACGUCCGAAGCCGAUCCUUCUCUGAACAUUGUUCACUGGCGCCAGUCGACAAUGUUCGAAGACAACCCUUCUUCGAACAUUGUGACUGGUAUCGUGCUCACUUUCGAAGACCGUCCUUCUUCGACCCUUUUUCUCUGGGGCCAGUCCGCAAUGUACGUAGACCAUCCUUCUUCGUCCAUUGAGGACGAGCGAGAGUCCACAACGUCCGAAGCCGAUCCUUCUCUGAACAUUACCAUCCCUUCUUCGUCCAUUGAGGACGAGCGAGAGUCCACAACGUCCGAAGCCGAUCCUUCUCUGAACAUUGUUCACUGGCGCCAGUCGACAAUGUUCGAAGACAACCCUUCUUCGAACAUUACCAUCCUUCUUCGUCCAUUGAGGACGAGCGAAACGUCCACAACGUCCCGAUCCUUCUCUGAACAUUGUUCACUGGCGCCAGUCGACAAUGUUCGAAGACAACCUUCUUCGAACAUUGUGCGACUGGUAUCAGUGCUCACUUUUCGAAGACCGUCCUUCUUCGACCCUUUUCUCUGGGGCCAGUCCACAAUGUACGUAGACCAUCCUUCUUCGUCCAUUGAGGACGAGCGAGAGUCCACAACGUCCGAAGCCGAUCCUUCUCUGAACAUUUGCUCACUUUUCGAAGACCGUCCUUCUUCGACCCUUUUUUUUCUCUGGGGCCAGUCCGCAAUGUACGUAGACCAUCCUUCUUCGUCCAUUGAGGACGAGCGAGAGUCCACAACGUCCGAAGCCGAUCCUUCUCUGAACAUUGUUCACUGGCGCCAGUCGACAAUGUUCGAAGACAACCCUUCUUCGAACAUUGUGACUGGUAUCAGUGCUCACUUUUCGAAGACCGUCCUUCUUCGACCCUUUUUCUCUGGGGCCAGACGAGCGAGUCCGUCCGAAGCCGAUCCUUCUCUGAACAUUGUUCACUGGCGCCAGUCGACAAUGUUCGAAGACAACCCUUCUUCGAACAUUGUGACUGGUAUCCAUCCUUCUUCGUCCAUUGAGGACGAGCGAGAGUCCACAACGUCCGAAGCCGAUCCUUCUCUGAACAUUUGCUCACUUUUCGAAGACCGUCCUUCUUCGACCCUUUUUCUCUGGGGCCAGUCCACAAUGUACGUAGACCAUCCUUCUUCGUCCAUUGAGGACGAGCGAGAGUCCACAACGUCCGAAGCCGAUCCUUCUCUGAACAUUGUUCACUGGCGCCAGUCGACAAUGUUCGAAGACAACCCUUCUUCGAACAUUGUGACUGGUAUCAGUGCUCACUUUUCGAAGACCGUCCUUCUUCGACCCUUUUUUCUCUGGGGCCAGUCCACAAUGUACGUAGACCAUCCUUCUUCGUCCAUUGAGGACGAGCGAGAGUCCACAACGUCCGAAGCCGAUCCUUCUCUGAACAUUGUUCACUGGCGCCAGUCGACAAUGUUCGAAGACAACCCUUCUUCGAACAUUGUGACUGGUAUCAGUGCUCUUUUCGAAAUCUCACUUUUCGAAGACCGUCCUUCUUCGACCCUUUUUCUCUGGGGCCAGUCCGCAAUGUACGUAGACCAUCCUUCUUCGUCCAUUGAGGACGAGCGAAAUCCCACAACGUCCGAAGCCGAUCCUUCUCUGAACAUUGUUCACUGGCGCCAGUCGACAAUGUUCGAAGACAACCCUUCUUCGAACAUUUCCGCAAUGUACGUAGACCAUCCUUCUUCGUCCAUUGAGGACGAGCGAAAUCCCACAACGUCCGAAGCCGAUCCUUCUCUGAACAUUGUUCACUGGCGCCAGUCGACAAUGUUUUUCGAAGACAACCCUUCUUCGAACAUUGUGACUGGUAUCAGUCUCUCACUUUUCGAAGACCGUCCUUCUUCGACCCUUUUUCUCUGGGGCCAGUCCGCAAUGUACGUAGACCAUCCUUCUUCGUCCAUUGAGGACGAGCGAAGUCCACAACGUCCGAAGCCGAUCCUUCUCUGA